AUGCGGGGCUUGGCGGCGGCACUGCUGCUCCUGCCGUGGAUGCUGCUGCUGCUGCAUGCGGCAGCCGUGGGCAACGGGAGCUGCGCGCGGAGCUGCGGGGCCUUGACGGUGCAGUACCCGUUCGGCUUCUCCCCCGGCUGCGAGAUACCGCUCGGCUGCGACCAGGCGAACGGCACGGCGUGGCUCGGGGGCGCGCGCGAGCUGGGCCUGCUCGUGUCCAACGUCACGGCGCGCGCGCUCUUCCUCGCCCUGCGCCCAAACUGCUCCCGGAGGCUCAACGCCUCCCUCGAGGCGCUCUUCACGAAGACGUACGCGCCCGGCAGGCAGAACGCGCUCGUUGUGAGCUCGUGCAGGCCCGCCUCCCUGGCCGCCGACAUCAGCAACUGCAGCGUCCACCCUAGCGCUUACUUCGACAACUCGUCCCAGUGCGGCCGCGGCGCCGCGGACUCCAUCCACUGCGUCGUGCCGACACAGCCAACCAGCGACGACAACAUCCGCGUCCCCGACCGUUUCUUAAACAGAACCGAGAUGCAAACGCUCGCCGCAGAAUGCACCGGGCUGGUGUCGGCGGUGAGCUACGACUGGGACGCGCCGGCGCCGGCGCUGCUGCUAUCCACGAUGGAGCUGGAGUGGUGGAUGCUCGGGCCGUGCCGAUGCUCGCGCCAAGCUAACUGCACCCGGGUCACCACGCCGGACGCAAGGCAGGAGGCGUUCCGGUGCGAGUGCCGAGUGGGCUUCGAGGGCGACGGCUUCGCCGAGGGCGCCGGUUGCCGGAAAGACGCGGGCAACGGCAGCUGCGCGCGGAGCUGCGGGGGCUUGACGGUGCAGUACCCGUUCGGCUUCUCCCCCGGCUGCGAGAUACCGCUCGGGUGCGACGACCAGGCGAACGGCACCGCGUGGGUCGGCGGCGCGCGCGAGCUCGGCCUGCUGGUGCACAACGUCACGGCGCGCGCCGUCGUCCUCUCCCUGCCCCAGGACUGCUCCCGCAGACUCAACGCCUCAAUCCAGGCGCUCUUCUCGAAGAGCUACGCGCCUGGCUCGCAGAACGCGCUCGUCGUGAGCGCGUGCAGCCCCGCCUCGCCGUCGCAUACCAGCAACUGCAGCGACGGCGACAGUUACCUCGACAGGUCGUCCCAGUGCAACACCACCGAGCCCAUCCGCUGCGUCCGCCUGCCACCAGUAGUCCCACCACCGAUCAGCAGCGGUAGCGACCAACGUUUCUUCAACAGAACCGAGAUGCAAACGCUCGCCGCAGAAUGCACCGGGCUCGUGUCGGCGGCGAGCUACUGGGACGCGCCGGCGCUGCUGCUGGGCGUGAUGGAACUGGAGUGGUGGGUGGUGGGCGAGACGUGCCGCUGCUCGCGCCACGCCACCUGCACCUCGGUCACCACGCCGAUACCUGGGCAACAGUCGUUCCGGUGCGAGUGCCCCGAGGGGUUCCACGGCGAUGGCUUCGCCGACGGCGACGGUUGCUGGAAAGGUCAGUGUGCCGCGCCCGCGCGCAGUCAAGUCUUAUCGGUCCAACCUGUUACUACUCGGGUGUGCAAGGCUAAUAACCGUUUGAUUCAACAAAAUAAUUUAAGGUUUAAGAGCGACUCAUUCGCAAAGUUAGCUUGUUAUCUAGAGUUCACAUUGACCGGAUUAUUCUACUACUUUGCUUGUCGAUCGUCGGAAACCCUUCUCGGACCAGGAAUGGAAUCUUACCAGUAG